CAACCGAGCACGGAGCACACGAUGUUCAUCUUCAUGGUUCUUGAUGACGUCUAGUCUUUAAGGUCUCCAAAAAAAAACUCUGCACUUUCUUUCUUUGUUCUCUCGAUUGUGUUUUGACCCCCUCCCACUGGAUUCUGUCCGGCUUGCAUGAUUCCCCGAGUCUUAGUCUAUCUAUCCACCCCCCGGUCUUCCUGGGACCUACCUAGUCCGGAGUCUAGUUACGGUGCAUUGGAGUACAUCAGGUACAGUACAUACAUAUGUACUGUACUCACAGUUGAAGAACUGCUUGCUGCAUGCCAUGUCGCAGAUCUGCCGACUUGCCUUCCAAGAACGCAAAGAGAAGACCCGAAUAUACUUUCGGUAGAUGCACUGCAGUUUCCCUCCGCCCCUCGUCCCUCCCUGAGUCCGUACUAUGAAACCACCACCCAAGACUCCGUUUCAGUUCCAUUCGAAACCUCGAAUGCAGAUCUUACCCCGGAAGGUCCUACACAUCUACUCAAGACCGAGACUAUCCGGCCGAAGAACGAAGACAACAACCUCGAUGGGGGUGGAGGGGAAUGCUUAGUGUCCAUUCCAAAUGGUGUUCAGAUCAAGACAAGAGGCCAAGAAGGUCAUCUUCAGCGACAACAACAACAACAACAACAGUAACCCUUUAAUGCACCAAGGUCGAACUAACCAACCAACCAAAAAGAGACAGAAAGAAAAGCAAAUCCACACAGAUCCCAGAUAAGAUCAGAAACAAGACAGAUCGGU